AUGAGCCUUCCCGUUGCUGUGCCUCGUCUAAAUGUGCGGGGAACAGCAGCCGCUGCAGCAGCAGCAGCAGCAGCCGCUGCUGCGGUAGCGAGGACAGCAGCACAUAGUGGGCCCCUUUUCCCAGAUUAUGUGGACGAUUACCUGCAGCAGCAGCAGCAGCAGCAGCAGCAGCAGCAGCAGCAGCAGCAGCAGCAGCAGGAAGAAAAUGGCCCAGAUGUGUCGGGACUUUCGUGCGGCACAUCAUAUCGCCCUGAGGAGGCGCUGCUGCGCUUGGGCUUGCCUGAGGACUUGCUGCUGCUGCAGCAGCAGCAGCAGAAGCCGCUGCUGCUGCAGCAGUAUGAAGCGGAAGCAGCAGCAAAAGAGGAGCUCAACAGAGCAGAAGCAGCAUUAGUGGGGGGAGAAAUUUGUCUUGAGAGAGAUGAAAGAGAACACCGGCGGCAGCUGAAGCUGCAGCAGCUGCUGCAGCAGCAGAGGCAGCAGCAGCAGCAGCAGCAACAGGAGGAGGCAGAGGCCUACAGGCGACACAGGGAGAGACGCAGGCUGCAGAAGCAGCAGCAGCAGCAGCAGAAACGUGAACAAAAGCAACUGCUGCCAGCAGCAACAGCAGCAAAGCAGAGGAGACGCAGCAGCAGCAGCAGCAGCAGCUCAGACGACAGCGUCAUCCUCAUAGACCCGCCUGCAGCUGGGGACAGCAGCAGCCGCCCUACUUCCAUCACAAGCAGCAGCAGCAGCAGCAGCAGCAGCAGCAGCAGCAGGUGGCAGCUUGCUGCAGCGCCAGCUGAGGGGGGGCCCCACCUUUCUCUCAAGGAGCUGAAGGCUUUGGAGCAAAAGUCCGAAAAGCCCCAAACUAUUUGGGACUCUGAGCGCAUGCAUGCAGGCAAUGCUGCUGCUGCGAGGCCUCUUUUAGCUGCUAGGCCCAAGAGGAAGGCAGCAGCAGCAGCAGCAGCAGCAGCAGCAGCGCGAGCUGCCCAGCAGCAGCAGGCAGCGGCGGCUGGCAGCGGCAGCAGCAGCAGCAGCAGCGCAGCAGCAGCAGACGCGGGGGCCGCGACGUCCUUCCCGGUAGAGCAUCGACGCCGAAAGAAGGCAGUAGAAGCAGCAGCAGCAGCUUCUGCUGCUGCAGUUGCUGCUGCUGCUGCUGCUGCUGCUGACAACACAGGAAAGAGAGGGACUGAGUUCUCAGUGUAUGUUGAAGGGCUGGACCAGCCGCUGCUGUUUUCUGCUGAUGCUGCAGCACAGACACGUGCUGCAGAGGACAGCAGCAGCAGCAGCAGCAGCAGCAGCGACGAGGAGGGGAGCGGGAACGCAGAAAAGCGCGAAGAAAGAAGGCUGCUGCAGCAGCAGGAAGAGGAGUUGCUGCUGCUGCAGCAGCAAGACAGGCUGCUGAUGUUCUGCAGGCAAAAGCCACAAGAUGUGACGCUGUGGGUGCAGCUGGUGGCGCUGCAGCAGCAGCUACUGCAGCAGCAGCAGCUGCUGCUGCUCUCUGCUGCAGAUCCUGAGCAGCUUCUGCUUCGGCAGCAGGAUGUUCUUGACAUGGCCUGCGGCCAAGAGAAGGGUGCAGCAGCAGCAGCAGCAGCAGCAGCAGCACCGCCCGUGGUUGUGCUCAGACGGCUGCUGCUGCUGCUGCAGACAAAGACCCCCUUGGCAGCUCCUGCCUGGCGGAGAACAGCAGCACUAGUUGGGAAGCUUAAUGCUUCCCUGAACCCCAGCAGCAGCAGCAGCAGCAGCAGCAGCAGCAGCAGCAGCAGCACGCAAACCACGCUUUCGCUUGCACGGUGCCUCUGCAGCGCAGCUGCUGCCUCCUCGCAGUACUCAGAGGCUUCGACACGUUUGCUGUUUGCCGAUUUGCUGCAUGCUGCUGCAGAAACUCUAAGAGAAUCAGCAGCAGCAGCAGCAGCAGGAUCAUCGGCAGCAGCGGGAUCUGCAGCAGCAGCAGCAGCAGCAGCAGCAGAUAACUAUCGCACUUGUUUAGCGCUGCUCCAAGAAGUCCUCUUCAGCUUCAUUUUGCCCCUCGAACAAAUCUGGACAGCAGAAGAAGGAUCUCGCAGGUCCCGUGCUGGGGAAGUUGGGUGUAGGCUCGAGCAGCAGCAGCAGCAGCAGCAGCAGCAGCAGCUGUCGUGCAGCAGCACAGUCACUAAGGUUUAUCUGCAGCUCUGUGAACUUGUUGACACAGCCGUGGCGGCGCUGCGUGAGGCUCAAAAAGAUGCGCAGGAAGAGCUGCUGCAGGCGGCAGGCGAGCCCUUAGCUGCUGGCAGCCACAGCAGCAGCAGCAGCAGCAGCAGCAGCACAGAACACACACAGGAAAGGGCGCUGCAGGGAUUCGCUGCCUACUGUGCUGCUGACUUUGCUGUUGCUAAUUGCUCGUGGAGAAGCCGCACUGCGGGGAGCUGUGCAGCAUCCGAGGCAGGAGUAGCAGCAGCAGCAGCAGCUGAAGCAGAGGCAGCUGCUGCAGGUAAGACUGCAGCAGACGCAGCCAUUGCAGCGGCUAAAGACGCAGCGAAAGUGGGAGAAGCAGCAGCAGCAGCCAGUGCUGCAGCGUCAGCAGCAGCGACAGACCCCUCGUUCACUGCCAUGGAAGCCAUGAGGCGUGCUGCAGCAGCUGCUGCUGCAGCAGCGCAAGCAGCAACAAAGUCCGCCCUUGAAGCAAGAACUGCUGCCUCAGCAGCAGCAGCAGCAGACCUCCGGAUGCCUUCGCCGUACUGCGUUUCAGGGGACCGCAUGCAGCCAUCAAAGCAGUGGGAGCUGCUGCAGCCAGUUCUUGCUGCAGCAGAUGCUGUUCUGUCUUUUGCAGCUGCCCGCAGCGUCUCGUGCUGCAGCAGAACAGGGCCAGGCGCCCGCCUAGCCGUCAGAUCCCCAGCUCCAGCAGCAGCAGCAGCAGCAGCAGCAGCAGCAGCAGCAGCAGCAGCAGCAGGUCCCGCUUACAUCAUUAUCCUUGGGGCUUUAGACGCCUUGUGCUCCCCCACUUUGCACAGAUUUCCUUCAGGCCACCCGCGCUUGCAGCGGGGAGACACAGCUGCAGCAGCAGCAAUGGAUGCAGCCAUGCUUAGGGCCCUUGUGCUCCGGCUGCAGCAGCAGGCGAGCUUCGCGGCCGCAGCCACACUGCGCAGCAGCAGCAGCAGCAGCAGCAGCAGCAGGAACAAUGGGAGUGUUCCCUUUUCGUUUUGGUGGCCACUACCUUCUUUGGUCCCUGCUGCUGAGGCCACGCUGCUGAAGCAGCAAACCCGAAACGCCAGGAGCUGGCUAUCUACACAGGGGCUGUUGCGGUGGGCAGUUCUGCAGAACCAGCAGCAGCAGCAACAGCAGCAGCAGCAGCAGCAAGCCGAACCGGGGUCGUUAGAUGCAGCAAUCGGAGAGGCCACAACUCCUCAGGCCUUGGCUGCCCUCAUAUGCUCACAGGCCCUUUUGGCGUUUCCUGACGACCGCCUGCUGCUUUACUGCGCGUUGUGUCUCUGCCCAUCCCCCAAGACCUUCCGGCUGGUGCUCAAGCGGAAUGAGGCAGAGCCAGCUCUGUGGCUUACCUUUGCCUCUUCUCUUUUUUUCCAGGCUGCUGCAGCCGCCAGCACUGAUGCUGCUGCAUCCUCCAACAGCAGCAGCAGCAGCAGCAGCAGCAGUGGUGAGGUGAAGAAUAACUCGCCACAAGCGUUGUUGCUGCAGGGACGGAAAGUUCUGCUGACUUGCUGCAGCGCCUUUGCAACCCACGCGCCUUUGGCAGCCUCGUGGGCUUUUCUUGAGCUUACUACUGCUGCUGCUGCUGCAGCUGCUGCAGAGGCACGAUCUGCUGCGGCGAAGCGGGAGCUGGGGGAGCAGCAGCAGCUUCCCCCGCUGCUAGAAUUUGGUUGGCCUUGGGCCUCUUGGCUAGGAAGCCUCAGUGGUGCUUCUAGCCAGCAGCAGCAGCAGCAGCAGCAGGUCAAUAUAUUGCCUUUCGAAGGCAGGGGAGUUGCUGCAGCAGCCCUUCAUGUUGCAGUGUGCUCUUCUGAUCGCUCAUUUGCUUCGCUGGACCCUGCUUCGCCCGGCGUUGCUGUGCAGCCACAGCAGCAGCAGCAGCAGCAAGUGCAGCAGGAGCAGCAGCAAGUGGAGCAGCAGCUGGAGCAACUGCAGGGCAGCGCAGCGCAGGAAGAUGAAGAAUCUUCAGCUCUCCCGUUUGCUCGAUCGCAUGUGACGGCUUGCUGCGCUGUGCUGCUGCAGCGCUCACGCAUAGCUGCCUCUGCUGCUGCUGCAGUUGCUGCAGCCAAUGCGAGCGCUUUCCCCCUUCUCGUCUCUCCUCCGUGGGCUAACCUCUUUCUUGCCCUGCUGCUGCAUGCAGGCUUAUCGCGGUCGGCUUCUGCUGUUUGGGCUUUGUUCGAGCAGCACCGUGGCGCAGCAGCAGCAGCUGCUGCUGCCACAGCUGAGGCAGCGAAUGGCAGCAGCAGUUGCUGCGUCUGCUGCUGUGGCUGCUCUUUGACCAGUAGCAGUGCUGGCCAGGAUGCAGCCUCCCGAAGCAGCAGCAAUGGCCCCAGCAGCAACAACAGCAGCAGCUGCAGCAGCAGCACAGCUUCGCUAGCUCGAUGGGGUCUUUGCAGCAACGCAGAAGCAGCGCGGUGUGAGGAGUUGGCGCUGGCUUUCGUCUUAGUGCUGCUGCUGGCUGUGAGUGGCGCAUCAGCAGCAGCCGGAGUUGCAGCAAAUGCAGAGGCAGCAGCAGCAGCAGCAGCAACAGAGGCAGAUGAUGCUUCUGUUCUGCGGCGCGCUUCAAAUUGGAUGCUGCAGCGCUUCCCGUCAAAUCCUUUCUUCCUUGCGGUGCACACACAGGCACAGCCGCUGCGCUGGUGGCCUUCUGCUGCAACACUCGAAUGCGCAUUUAUGGCGGAGUGGCUCCUCGCUAGCCAAUCUGCGAAAGCUGUUUCUCAAAGGCAGCUCGAACGAUAUGCGCAGUGGGCCACCAGGAGCACAGCUCUUCCAUUUGUGCUGCUGCAGCGGCUACCGGGGUCCCCCAAUAGCCUUCCCUGCGGGACCGCAGCGCUGCAGCGCGAGCAGCAGUUUUGGGUUUACCUGCAAGCUUUGCUUCUCAGCAGCAGCAGCAGCAGCAGCAGCAGUAACUGCAGCGCCGCUGCUCUGCAGGCGUCCCUUGACGGAACGGCCAUUGCGAGGAUCUGCGAGGGGCUGUGGAAUCCACAGCAGCAGCAGCAGCGAGCUGGCCCUAGGGAGUCUCUAACGGAGCAGCAAGAGGAUGAAGAAGAAAGGCAGCAGCAGGAAGAUGAGCUGCAGCAGCAAGCGCAGGCGAUGGAGGAGCGUUUGCUGCAGUCGGUUUCUCAGUGCCCCUUCUCAAAAAGGAUGUGGAUGCUGUUGCUGCACCUGCUGCUCGUGCGUCGGCGGCAGGAGGGAGCUGCUGCAGAAAGAGCCCUAAUGGGGGGAGCAGCAGCAGCAGAGGACUCCGUCUUGCUGCUGGAUGAUGCGCUGCAGCGGGGUCUUUACUUCUGGGGAGACCCCGUAGCAGCUUUGGCUUCACCGUAA